ACUGACGUGUGUUGAUUUUUUGGAUGCGGAUCGCAGUGGAUUCUCGGAUUCUCCGGCAUUCCCUGCCCCAACUACAGAUCGCCGAGAUUAAAGCAGACCCGCGCCGGCAUCUCCAGCACGGACACCCCGCCGGCCAGGCCAAUAGAGCGGGACAACCGAGCACACGAGCAUUGCCGGGUGCAACAAGUUGGAACGCAACGACAACGACGACGAGGACAAAAUGCCGGUGAGGAUGUACGAUGUAUCGCCGCGCGUUUUCUGCGCCAUGCAGAAUCUGGACAUCACCCUGCUGGCCAGCUAUCCGGAGGCGGAGAUUCGGCCCGUGCUGCCCUCGCUGGUGCGGAUGAGCCUGCUAUCGCCACUGGACAACACCGAAUCGUCGAUGGAGUCGCGCAAAGAGAUCCUGGCCGUGCUCAUCGGCAUCGAGGUGGUGAACAGCAUCGUCUCCUACCUGCAAGUCAACUACCAUGAGCUGGAGAAUGAGCUGAAGAAGGAGCUGCAGGCCCGCCAGAAGUCGGCCUUCUUCGAGGGACAGCAACACGAGUACGGCCUCCAGUCGGGCAUCGCACUGGGCUUUGAGCGGGCGGAUGUGGCGCGCAAGGUGCGCGUGGUGCUCUCCGAGAUCUUCAAUCUGCAGCAGCAGGUCUCCGAGCAGAAACCGGCCGCCCAUUCGGAGAUGCUGGACGACGGCAUCUAUCUGGAGGAGGUGGUCGACAUUCUGUGCAUUGCUCUCGCCGAGCUGCCCUCCCUGCUGAACAUACUGGAGCUAACGGACGCCCUUGUCCAUGUGCCCAACGGACAUCGCAUCAUCUGCGCACUGGUCGCCAACUUUCCGGAUUGCUAUCGCGACGUUGUGUCCCAUGUGAUCGCCAAUUGCGACGAGGAUGGCAGCGAUGGCAAGCACCGGUUAAUGCUGCUCAUGGGGCUCAGCGAGAUGAAUCCCUCCCAGGCGCUGGCCAACAGGUCCAUGUGCGUGGAUAUGCUGAAGGUGCCGUCGUUUAUGCUUAAGCUCACGCUCAAGCAUCCCGAGGAUCUGAUAGCCUUCCUCACGGGCCUGCUGCUGGGCAAUGACCAGAAUCUGCGCUCCUGGUUCGCCGCUUACAUCCGCUCCAGCCAGAAGCGGAAGGGGGACGCACUGAAUCUGGUGCGCGUGGAGCUGCUACAGAAGGUGAUUCAAACGACGACCAAUGCGGCGGAGCUGCGCGACUUCAAUCUGCAGGGCGCGGUGCUGCUGCGUCUGUACUGUGCCCUGCGCGGCAUCGGUGGCCUGAAGUUCAACGACGACGAGAUCAAUGCUCUGUCGCAGCUGGUCACGAGUUGUCCGCAGGCGACGCCCUCGGGCGUGAGAUUUGUAACGCUGGCGCUGUGCAUGCUCAUCGCCUGUCCCUCGCUGGUGUCCACCAUUCCACUGGAGAACAAGGCUGUGGAGUGGCUGCAGUGGCUCAUACGGGAGGAUGCCUUUUUCUGCAAGCGCCCCGGUACUAGCACCUCGCUGGGUGAGAUGCUCCUGCUUCUGGCCAUUCACUUUCACAGCAAUCAGAUCUCGGCCAUCAGCGAGAUGGUCUGCUCCACGCUGGCCAUGAAGAUACCCAUCCGGCCGAACAGUACAAACAGAAUCAAGCAGCUCUUCACACAGGACCUGUUCACGGAGCAGGUGGUGGCGCUGCAUGCGGUUCGCGUACCCGUCACUCCGAAUUUAAAUGGCACCAUACUGUGCUACCUGCCGGUGCACUGCAUCCAGCAACUGCUGAAAUCGAGGACAUUUCUCAAGCACAAAGUGCCCAUUAAGUCGUGGAUCUUCAAGCAAAUAUGCAGUUCGGUGAGGCCAGUGCAUCCUGUGAUGCCGGCCCUGGUGGAGGUCUUUGUCAACACGCUGAUAAUACCCAAUCCCACCGGAAAAGUGAAUAUUGAUCACAUGCACCGGCCCUUCACUGAGGCGGAAAUUCUGCACGUGUUCCGCACAUCCAAGCUCACAUUCUUCGCCGAGGAGCUGCCACCGAUGGCGGAAAGUCAGGAGCUCAACCAGAUCGAGGUGACGUGUCCACUAACCGCCCAGCUGCUGAUGAUCUACUACCUCAUGUUGUACGAGGAUACGCGACUGAUGAACCUCAGCGCUUUGGGUGGUCGCAAGCAGAAGGAGUACUCCAACAACUUCCUGGGCGGACUGCCACUGAAGUAUCUGCUCCAGAAGGCGCACCACUACCACAACGACUAUCUCUCGCUCUUCCAUCCGCUGCUGCGUUUGAUUAUCUCCAACUAUCCGCAUCUCAGCAUGGUCGAUGACUGGCUGGAGGAGCACAAUCUGGCCCAGGGCAAUUCCACGGUGGUGGUAAGCAAGCAUGAGCUCAAGCCGGAGACCCUGGAUCGUGCACUGGCCGCCAUCCAAACGAAACCGCAUCUAGCCAUCCGCGUGUUUAAGCAGCUACUCCAGAUGCCCCCAGAAACGCAGGCGCAGUAUGGACAACAGCUGGUGAAGCAUCUGCCGAUGGUGUUUGCCAAGUCGGUGCCGCGAUACGUCAAGGAUCUGUACAACGAUAUUUGGCUGCGCCUGAAUGCCGUGCUGCCCACCACCCUGUGGAUCAUGUCGCUGCGAGCGAUUACCAACGGCUCGGAUACGAUGGAUCGACGUACCUUUGCCAACGAGAGUCUUCUGGAGCCCAUGGAGGUGCUAAGUUGUCCACGCUUCGUAUUCUGUUCGCCCUAUUUGCUGAUGAUCCUGCUGCGCAUUCUGAAGGGCAGCCUAGCCGCCUCGAAGACCUAUCUCAACGUGCACAUGCAGAUGCAGCAGAAGCAGGUGCUGGACAAGAAUGGCAUGAUGCAGACGGAUGCGAUUUGGGAGGACCUAAGGACCACGCUGAUUGCCUCGCAGGAGAGCGCCGCCGUGCACAUUCUGCUGGAGGUGCUGGACUACAUAGCCAGCAAGGCAACGGAUCGGGUGUCGCAUCUGGAGCUGCGUGAGAUACAGGGCAUCAUUGGCACCUAUGUGCAUCAGGCAUUCAUUUCGGAGCCUUCGCUGGCGAAACUAGUGCACUUCCAAACGUAUCCAAAGUCGGUUAUUCCCAUGAUGGUGGCCAGUGUGCCAUCGAUGCACAUAUGCAUUGAUUUUGUUCACGAAUUCCUCAACGUGACGGAAAUGGAAAAACAGAUCUUUACCAUCGAUCUGACCUCCCAUCUGGUGCUCAACUAUUCGAUACCCAAGAGUCUGGGCGUCUCGAAAUUCUGCCUGAAUGUAAUCCAGACGACGUUGUCCAUGCUGACCGCAUCGACCAAGUGUAGAUUCCUGCGCAAUGUGAUGCCAGCGAUGGUUCGUUUCGUGGAAACGUUUCCCAUUCUGGCCGACGACUGCGUCAACAUCCUGAUGACCACCGGGCGCAUUCUGCAUUCGCAGUCAUCGCUGGGCAUGACCACAAUGGAAAUGCCACUCACCGAUAGCGACAAGCUCUGCACGUAUCGGGAUGCCCAGCUGCACAUCAUCAUGAUCGAGGACGCGUUUAAGGCACUGGUCACGGCGGUCAUGAAAAAAUCGGACCUGUAUUAGUUGGACUCGAUCCCGCCUUGUUUUUCAUAGUCGUAAGCAACCUUUCCCCACUCCGCCCCCCGGCUGAUUAUAAUAGUGCUUGUAAAAUUUAUAACAACAUUGACCAGAAUAAAUACUUAUUGCAAAAACC